AUGUGCUUCGCAAUAAUCGAUUCAGGAACUUCUGGCGAGCUUUGGAAAACCAUAACCAGUGUAUCCAAAGCGGGUCAGAAAAAGGGACGUAUGAAUACGAGGCAACCGAUUCGUAAUCUAAAUCGGUUCUAUCGGAUUGGAUCUAGUCCAAUGAAAGUGCAGUUUCCUGGGCUUAACGCCCCGCUCAAUACUAGUGAUCCAGACAUAAAGAUUGCUGAACAGUCAGAGGACGAGAUCAAGGAAGGUCAACUGAGUGUAAGAAAGGCUUUGGAGGAACAGAAAGAUAUUGGCAAACGACGUUUCCGAGAAAAAUUGCACCCACUGGAGCGUGGUUUCAGUGGAAGUCAACUAGUCGGACAGAAGCUUGGUCCGCCGGCUCCUGUCGAUGGAGUCUCUUUCGAAGACUUCCAAACGUACUGCCUAGAGGUUAAAAGAACGUCCAACAUGACGCGAGUCUUCGGUCGUGUACAUACUAUGGCUGCUCUCGUGAUAACAGGGAACGGUAAAGGCCUAGCUGGAUAUGCAGUGGGCAAGGCACCACUUCACAGAACAACAACUGCGAUUGUAAAUGGUAUGAAUAUGGCUUCCAGAAAGUUGUUUUUUGUAGAGCUUCUUGAAGGUCGCACCAUUUAUCAGGAUUUUUACGCGGAAUGUCGCAACACCAGAGUGUUUGCGCAACGUCGUCCUCGUGGAUUUGGGCUCACAUGCCAUCCUAGGUUGACAAAAAUUUGUGAG